AUGUGCACUAAUACUUACCAUGCACCUUCAUCCAAUGCUCAAAGUGUAGGUGAUGAACGAGCGGAAUCGGAGGACCCGAUCCAUCGAGAUGGUAAGCUGGUAGCUCAAUUGGAUGUUGAAGAGAUUAAAGUAGAGGCAUCUUUCUGGAAAUCUGCCCUGAUUUGCAUGGUUAUUGGGGAAAAUCCGCCUCUGGCUAUCUUCGAAGGUUUUAUCAGAAGAAUUUGGGGUAACCUUGGCAUUGAUCGUGUGGCCCGGAUGAAUUCUGGAUUCACAAUGGUUCAGUUUCGAGAUGAGGAAACUAAGGAUAUGGUGCUUGAAUCUGGAGUGAUUCAUUUUGAUAAGAAGCCAGUAAUACUCAGACCUUGGUCAUCAGAUGUUGUGUCUAUAAGGUCAGUAAAAUCUGUCCCUGUUUGGAUUCGAUUACUUGGUCUUGGGCUGCAAUAUUGGGGUGUUAACUGUUUGAGUGCUCUAGUUAGCACGAUUGGCACUCCUAUCAUGGUGGAUAAGGUCACAAAAGCAAGGACUAUGAUCAAAUUUGCUAGAAUCUUAGUUGAUAUGGAAAUUGCAAAAAAUCUCCCUAUGCAUAUCCACUAUCUAAAUGAGAGAGGUCAGAUUUUGGAGCAACCUAUCGAGUAUGAGUGGUUACCCACUAAGUGUUCUAAUUGUAAGAAGUUGGGUCAUGCUACUGCUGUCUGCAAGCAUGCCCCAUUUGCUAUAAAGAAGAAUACAGAGUCUUCAAACCAGGCUAUCCCAGUUGUUAAGACAGCAAGUGAAUCUGCUACUAAUAUUCAAAACAAUAGCUCCCAGAAUAACCAAGAACCUCUUGAGGUCACUAAGCAGGAUGAAGUUUUAACAGUUCCUAAUGGUUCUAAAUGGGUUGCUCCUCGAAAGGCCGAGAUGAAGAAAUUUGUGGAUAAACCACAACCGGAUAUGCAUAGGAACACUUUCAGCAUUUUACAAGCAAACCAGCAACAAGCAGCUGAUAUACCCCUGACCAUUGAUCUGAAUGGACAGCAACAACAUAUUGAUUUGGAGAAGAAUAAAGUUGGUCUUGGAGCUCUGAUUGAAACAAAAUUAAAAGGGGACAGAAUAAGGGAUCUUAUGAACUCAUCAUUUGCUGGUUGGAAGUUUUAUAGUAGUUCUAUGGUGGAGGGGUGUAUUUUGCUCAUUUGGAAAGCCCACUUGAUGAAGAUAGAAAUUAUUCAGGAAACUACUCAGUUGCUCCAUUGUAGAGUUACUUUAAUUGGUGUGAACUUGGCUUAUUGCCUAUCAGUUGUCUAUGGUUCUAAUCAACUGGAGACAAGGAAAAAUUUAUGGUUAGACUUAGCUAAUGUUCAGAGAUCGGUUACCCCUUGGAUUAUUAUGGGAGAUUUUAAUGCAGUCUUCUAUGCUGAUGAUUGGCUUGGUGGAAGGUCUAUUUCUGUUAAAGAGAUGGAGGAUGCUCGUCAAUGGUUGGCUUUGGGAGAGGCUACAGAAAUGAAGACUUUGGGACCUAAAUAUACUUGGACUAAUAAACAAGAUGGAGGAUCUAGAUUUUUUUCCAAAUUGGAUAGAGUGUUCACCAAUGAUAGCUGGAUUGAUAGCUUCCCGUUAGCUGUAACAUAUGCUCAAUGGGAUGUGGUUUCUGACCAUUGCUACUUGUUAAUUAAACAGGGGGAUUUCCGUAGUUUGGGAGUGAAGCCAUUUCGGUUCUUCAACAUGUGGGCAGUUCAUGAUAAAUUUAGGGAAGUUGUUCUUCAUAAUUGGUCUAUUCCUUUUGAGGGGCAAGGGUUGUUUAGUCUUAUUGGUAAACUCACAAGACUUAACCAUGUUCUCAAAAAGUUUAAUUGGAGAACUAUGGGUGAUGUUGCUUGUAAUUAUGAGGAAAGCAAAACUAAGUACCAGUUGGCCCAAAAUGCUCUCUGUUAUGACCCUUUAAAUGCAGAUUUAUAG